GACUUGUCAAACCCAAAUCGUCUCCGUGCUCCGUUACUUCAACUUCAACUAACGGAGCAGCGUUUUCCAAAGGAGAAAGGCGUUUUCGCAAAACCUCGUCUCACGGAUUUUAAAACGUCGGGAGAAGUUUACGUAUAGUUAUUAUUCAGCGCUUGUUUUUUUUUAUAAUCUGUUAGUUUAAGCGACUCUCUUGGCUGUCUAGUUUGAUAAAAAUGAUUUGGCUUAGCUGAGCGGCUAACGCUAGCGAGCUAACGCUAACUCCGCGGAAAAAUAACUUUAAAAAAGGGUUUUGGCUGACGGAAAACAUAACUGUGGUCGUUUUAAUGAGAGGGUUUUUUAUGUAACGUUACGUACCUACAAACUAGAUAUUUUACUCUAAUUUAGAACAUUAACGUUAGCUCCUUAAAAUGCUGGUAACAAACAGGAAGAUGUUUGGAGAUAAGCUAGCUGUUAGCUCUAAAUGCGACUAGUUACCAAGUAACAUUUGUUUAGACCGAGAUACUAAAUCCAUGUUUAGAUAUAUAUUAUAUCACUUAAUUGUGUGAUUUUUUUUUUUUUAGGCUAGCUAGGAAGGUCUGGUCAGAUAUUUUAAAAAUGCGUGAUUCAAAUGUGAAUUUUAGUUUCCUUCACAGGACCUGCACUCUGGUUGUGCUCCUGUGCUUUCUUCACAUAUCUGUCACUGUGUUUUAUUAUGUGAGGUCGAUAGACUUUAAGCAAGCGUUUGUACAAAACCAGCAAAUCCAACAGGACCAAAGAAAGCUGACAGCCUACGUACACGGCAGUGAAGGAGAGGCGAAGCCCACCACCACCUUUCCGCUUUCCAGCCAUCACAACACUACUGAAAAGAGCUCGAAAAAGCUUGAAAAAUGCCCCGACCCGUCGCCUAUACUGGUGGGUCCGCUCCGGAUCGAGUUUUCCUCUCCAGUCAGCCUGGAAAACGUGAGGAAGGAGAACUCGGAGCUGCGGAUGGGAGGUCGCUACAAGCCCAAAGACUGCAUCGCUCUGCAGAAGGUAGCCAUCAUCAUCCCCUUCCGCAAUAGAGAUGAGCACCUCAAGUUCUGGCUGUACUACCUGCACCCCAUUCUGCAACGGCAGCAGCUGGACUAUGGGGUCUACGUCAUCAACCAGGAUGGAGAUGAGACCUUCAAUCGGGCCAAACUCCUGAACGUGGGUUACGCUGAGGCCCUAAAGGAGUAUGACUAUGAGUGCUUUGUCUUCAGUGAUGUGGACCUCAUUCCCAUGGACGACCGCAACACCUACAAGUGUUUCAGCCAGCCCAGACACCUGUCUGUGUCCAUGGACAAAUUCGGCUUCAGGUUGCCAUAUAACCAGUACUUUGGUGGAGUGUCCUCCAUGAGCAAAGAGCAGUUUCUGAAAAUUAAUGGCUUUCCAAACAACUACUGGGGCUGGGGUGGAGAGGAUGAUGACAUCUACAACAGGCUGAGCUCCAAAGGGAUGUCCAUAUCAAGACCCAGUGCCGUGGUUGGGAAAUGCAGGAUGAUACGUCAUGAACGGGACAAACAGAACGAACCUAAUCCUCAAAGGUUUGACCGAAUAGCUCACACGAGAGAGACCAUGCACAAAGAUGGCAUCAACUCCUUACAAUACAAAGUGGUCAACGUGGAGAGGGACCAGCUGUUCACCAAAAUUACAGUGGAUGUGGGCAAACCUCCAAACUGACACCUACAAUUAUGAACAUCUACUGGAUACAGUAACCAAAUGUGCCUUGACUUUUGAGAAUUGCAUUGGAGUUUUAUAUCAUAAACUCUGUCUUUUUUGAAGAGAAUUCUAUAUUUUUAAAAGACCUUUCACAAAUUUCUUGCCAUCUUUGCACAACUGCGAGGGGGAGGAGGACGUGUGAAUCUUUUACAGUGGAGGGUUGCGAGUAUGCCGCAUGCAGAGGGAAUCGUUUUUCCACACAAACUGACAUGUCUGCUUUUUCUUGUGGACAUGCUCUUUAGCAACCCCCCACCAACUGUUCGCCUGAGAGACUGCUGCUAAGGAAAGAGCCAGCUGUCUGCCGUGAUCGAUGUAAAUUGCUGAUUUGGGUGCUCCUGCCCUUUGCGGGCAUGUGAAAAAUUGAAGCUUACAGUGUGUGUGUGUCCAUUUUGGAGUUCACUUUGAUUCGAGUUGAUGUGUGGUUCAGAGAGAGGGGAGGGUGGUGGACUCUUUACGUUUGCUAACAUGUGUCAGCACUUCUUCAUUCCAAGUUAAGCAAUGCAAAGAAUUCGGGCCAGUGCCAGCCUAGGUCUCAGUACCGUGCCUUUCAUUUUUAUGCUCGGAACCAAAAAUAACCCCCUUACAAAAAAGCGAUUUUUCUCAUUUUAAUUUUAACUAUCUGAAUGUAAAUCCCAGGCUGUGUUCCAAAUACAAAGGGAUUGUAAAAGUAUUUCCUGCAUAUGCAAUAGACAACCAAAGUGGAGUUUUAUGCACCUGUUCCCCAGAUACAGGCUAAGUCUUGUCUUUGGCUAUAUAGAUGUUACAGGAAUCAUUUUCCUGUGUUACCUCUAACAUACAGUCAUUUACCACUGGCAACAACAGUUUAUAGUAAUAGAACAGAAACACUUAAGCUACUGUUUAAAAGUUUAGAAUCACUCGCCUAAUUACUAAGUUUUAUUAUUUGAUUCAGGCUGAAUCUUCUUCCGUCUGCUGUCAAAAUUCACAGAUGACAUUGCUGUGGGGAUACUUGAAGAUAACAAAAAGCAUGCUAAAAAUAUUGAAUAUCUGGUAGAUUUGACCCCAUGGUAGUUUGUUCCUCACUGUUCCUUAGAUUAUAAUAUUAUAAACUCUUUACCAACAAAUAUUUUUUGGAAGUUUUAUUCAAUAUUUAAAAAAUUUCACUUCUCACUUCUUCAACUCUGCGAAGAAGUGAAAAGAAAAUGAUAAUGAUUUAUUUACAUUGUAUUUUUGCCAAUUCAUGAUAUUUGAUCUCCACUUUUCAAAUAUGAUGAUCUCUGCAUAUUAAUUCUGUCAGAUCUUAUUUCACAAUGAUCUGUACAUUUUUUUCUCAACAUUCCUUUGCCUAGUCCAUCAACUCUUGUUGGACUAAGCAUUUUCAGUCUAAUAAUUGAAACAAAUAUAUUUGACAAAAUAUAGUAUUUUAUCUCAGUAAAGCACCGUGGCAGCCAUUAAGGUUUUUCUUUUUACUUGCAACACACUUUUUGUUUUGGUUUGCUUUUUUAGUGUUUGAGGUAAAAGAGAUUCUGCAGUUAAAAGCAAUGCAAACUGGUUGAUAAAAGCACAUAUAUAUAUAUAUAUAUAUAUAUGUGUAUAUAUAUAUAUAUAUAUAUAUAUAUGUGUGUGUGUGUGUAUAUAUAUAUAUAAAUAUAUAGUUAAUGAGAAAUAGAUAUCUAUAGUUAAUGAGAAAUAGAUAUGUGAACACAUUUUGGUAAUUCUAAAUGGGGUAAAAAAAGUCAGAAAAAGGUAGAAGUAGAAAGUUGAAUAAUUUAAUGAUUUGCUCCAGAUCCCCUACUAAAUUAUAUGGAAAUUGUUUAGCUGUGUUAUGAUUGUAACACUCAAAUACAUGAAGCAUAUCCACAUUGGCCCACAGUUCUCAUAGUCUACGUAAUUUACACAUGAAAAUGUGAUUAAAAAAUAUUUUUGGGCGUGAAGUUUUUCAUAAAAAAUUUAAUUCUUUGAUUCUUUUUUUUUUUUUUGAUAGAAAUUUUUGAUGUCAGAAAUAUUUUUUUUACUGGUGAAAAUUAUAUUUUGGUAUCAAAUUGUAAAAAUUCAAUUCAUAAUAAAAUUAUAAGAAAAUGUAAUUUUUCAUUUGUGAAAAUAUGAAAAAAUAUUUUUUUUACCAAUAUAAAAAAAAAAGAGUAAAAGCUAAAAUGACUUGCCAUAGUUGUCUAUUCUGAAGUACAGGGUGGUUUUUGUUGGUGGUAACUGACUGUAUGCUGUAGAUGUGGCAGGUAGAGUUCAGGUUGAGGAGAAUAAAAAGCUUCCUUUCAUAUAAAAUCUGUGCAUUUAUUCCUGGAUUAGGCUUCUUUUGUGUCUCCCGAACAGCCAGGCUUUAAAAACAACGUUCCCUUUUUGUACUUUGUCCUGUACUCGCUCGAUAUUGUGGCCUGUUCAUUUUGCACAGUGACCGCUGACCUGUAAGAAAGCACAUAUAUGCAGUAAGCUGUUGUGGUGUCUGGGUGGGUGGAAGAGGGUGUGUGUGUGUGUGUGUGUAUGUGUGUGUGUGUGUAUUAGUGGAAGGGUGAGGGGGGCUGGGGAUCAAAGCCAUUAAGAUUUUGACUGGACUGAGUUAAUCAGCAGCGUAAAUAUUGUUCUCGUAUGCGUCUUCAAACGGCCUUCUAAACUUGAAGUACCUUCUCAACCUCCUUCUGACCAAAUUCCUUUCCUCAUAUAUACUGAGCAAGGAAAAUUCAGCCUCAGCAAGAUGAAUGUACAGUUGGAAGCCUGGGGAGUGACUUUUCCAGCUGUUGGCUGAAGUCUUUUCAAGACGGAGGUUGCCAGUCAUUGUGUCUGUGUGUCAGAAUGUUGGUCUUUUCCUUUCUUUUUUCUUUAAAUGCCAAGACGGACAAUAUCGCUUCUGACUUUGAUUGGCUUGUAAAACGUCAGUGCUGUCUACCUUGCCUUUUAAUCUGACACAAAUCUGUCACAAAGUGUCUGUUUUUUGUGUUUUUAGAUUAUGUAUUACCAGGUUGUAGAUCUGUUUGGACAAUGGCCUUUGAUCAGAGCCAGCGCAUAACUACACUUCAGGGUGUUGUCGUUUUCCUUCUAUUACAAAGAUAACUGCCUUAUCUGUUCUCUAUAAAUCGUUUAUUUUCUUCAGUUGUGUUCACUGUGCUUUUUGUUUUCUCCACACUCAUACAUGCUAUUUGUUUAUUCACUGUCUUACUUGAUUUCUGAAGCCUUUCUAUUGUAAUGCUGAAGAUGAAACCAAUCAUGAUCUUAAAUAAUUAAAUUACUAUUUGAUUUAA